AUGGCUCAAUUGCAGAAAUAUGAAGAAGUUCCUCAUCAGAAAAUCAUAUCACGCCGCAUCGCAACGGAGUGGAAUCAAUGGUACUUAUUACUUAUUCAAUGCUGUGUUUUGGGUUCGGGAUCUCGAUUUGGUAAACAAGUGAUGAAGUCUUCCCCAGGAUUCACGCAGCACUUCCUAAUGGAAUAA